AGAAGAUAUAAAUAAAUACAUAUAUAUAUGAUACACGUACAUCUAGGGUUUCAUUAUAAUCCAUCCAAGGCUUACGUUUUCUCAUAUAUAUAUUCACAAAUCACAAUUAAAGCUUAAACCUUUUAAUCUUUUAUAAACCAAUUAUACAAAUUUCAGAUGCCUCCUAAAAACGCUAGAAAGUCCGCCGGUCCGGGAAGAAGAGGCGGAAGAACAAGAGCAGCGGCGAAGGCGGCGGCGCCGCCGCAGUCUGAUCCGGUUCCGGAAGAACCGGCGCCAAUUGAAGAUGUUAUUCUUGAAGAAAAAGUUGAAGAGAAAUUAGUCGUUGAUAAUGGAACUGAUAACAAAUUAAAGAGAGAAGAUAGUGAUGUGAAAGAUUCCGUUGAGGAAUAUGAAACAGGAGAACGGUUGGACUUGGAUGACAAUGAUCCAGAAGAAUCUGAACCCGAGGAGUAUGUUGGUGAUGAGUAUGAUGAGAGGGAAGAAGUAGAGGAUGUUCAAGAAGAGGUUCUUGAUGUGGAGGAAGAAGUUGAGGAUGGGGAAGCUGAUGAGGAAGAAGAUGGUGAUAUACACGAGGGGGAGAUGGAAGAUGCUACCGAGGAGUUGGAGCCUGAGGAGGAUGAACAUGAACUUGAGCAUGAGCAUGCUGCUGAUGAGCCUGUCGAAAUGGCGGAUGCAGAAGAACAGGAACAUCAUGAUGUUUUCAAAGAGAGACGCAAAAGGAAGGAGUUUGAGAUCUUUGUUGGUGGAUUGGACAAAGAUGCUACCGAAGAGGAUCUUAGGAAAGUAUUUAGUGCUGUUGGAGAGGUUUCUGAAGUGAGGCUUAUGAUGAAUGCUCAGACAAAGAAGAACAAAGGAUUUGCAUUUCUUCGAUUUGCAACCGUAGAGCAGGCAAAACGAGCUUGUGUAGAGCUAAAAAGCCCUGUGGUUCAUGGGAAACAGUGUGGUGUUUCACCAAGUCAAGACAGUGAUACACUAUUUUUGGGUAAUGUAUGCAAGACAUGGACAAAGGAAGCUCUAAAAGAAAAGCUGAAAAACUAUGGAAUUGAUACCGUGGAGGAUUUGACAUUGGUUGAAGACAAUAAGACUGAUGGAACUAACCGAGGCUUUGCAUUUUUGGAGUUCUCUUCCCGUUCAGAUGCUAUGGAUGCUUUUAAACGUUUGCAAAAGAGAGACGUUACGUUUGGUAUUGAUAGACCAGCUAAGGUUUCAUUUGCAGAUUCAUUCAUUGAUCCUGGUGAUGAGAUCAUGGCCCAGGUAACGACUGUUUUUGUUGAUGGCCUGCCUUCCUCUUGGGAUGAGGCUCGAGUGAGGGAGCUUCUUAAGAAAUAUGGAAAUGUGGAGAAGAUCGAGCUUGCUCGUAACAUGCCUUCUGCCAGAAGAAAAGAUUAUGGAUUUAUUACCUUUGGGACACAUGAUGCAGCUGUAACAUGUGCGAAAAGCAUUAAUAAUGAGGAGCUUGGAGAUGGAGAUAACAAGGCUAAAGUUCGGGCCAGAUUGUCACGACCACUUCAAAGGGGUAAAGGAAAGCAUGCCUCACGUAUUGAUUUCAGACCUGGUCGUCCUUCCCCUGGAGGUUUUAGGGGUCCAUGGGCACGUCCGGUACCACGUCUUAUACCACGUCCCGUGCCACGUCCUGUACCACGUCUUUUACCUCCUCGCAGUGUAAGAAGAGUUGCAGGACGUCCACCACCUGUUGUUGAUCGUAGUCUUAGGAGGCCUGUUGCAUCAAGAGACAGACGCCCCAUUGUGGCACGGCCUCCAAGGGGUAGACCUGUGGCUCCUUUACCCAGGUCCUACGAUAGAAGGCCACCUGUUCCGUCACACACAAAAAACAGUUUGAAGAGGGAUUACAGCCGCCGCGAGGAGCUUCCACCAAGGAGCAGAGCAGUUCCCGAUUAUGGCCCACCUAGGUCUACCUCAGAAAGAAGCUCUUCUUACAGAGACAAUUACCCAACUCGUGGACCUACAUAUGCCGAUCUCCCUAGAGAGUCCUCUCACUCUUCAUCAAGGAGAGCCUACAGUGACAGUGCUGGCUAUUCAGCACGGUUUGAGAGGCCGCCACCAAGUUACCAUGAAGGCAGGCCCCGUGAUUACAAUCCUGUUCCUGGCUCAAAACGCCCAUAUGCUGCUCUGGAUGACGUUCCGCCCCGAUAUGCUGAUACUGAAGCGCGCCAUUCACGUGUUCGUGUGGAUUAUGAAAUUGGAGGCGGAUCUUCACAAUAUGGGGAUGUUUAUAGUGAUAGACUUGGAAGAUCAAACGUAGGAUAUGGUAGUGGUAGUAGUAGGAGCUCAAUGUCUGCUCAGGAUUCUCAUGGUCUUUAUAGCAGCAGCAGCCGUCAGGGCAUGUCUCUUGGAGGCUCUUACAGUGGUAGUGAUGCUGGUGGUAUGUACUCAUCAAGAUAUGGUGGCGAUUACGUUUCUCGUGGAAGUGAUAUUGGUGGAAGUUCAUACUCAUCAUCGCUCUAUUCUAGUCGUAGCUUGGGUGGCAGUGGCUACAUGGGUAGUGGAGGCUCUGGAUCUUACUAUUGAGGUGCACUCUAUUUUCUCAGUUAUACGUGAAUUACUUUUGGGGCCCAAGGAUAAUCUGGUGUAUGGUGCACUGGCAAGAAUGAAGCAUGCUGGUUACUAGUGAAUUUUAUCUGUGGCACAGAGAGUUUGAUGAAGAGGCUGCUGUAGUUUGAAAUCUUUGAAGGUCAAUCCGUUAUUAUGUCUACACCUCGCGGAUUGAUUCUUUCAAAAACCCUCUUGUUUGCAUGAAGAGGAAUUAAAGUGGUCUUGAUUUCCAUUAGAUGGAGUACAUGUUAGUUAGAUGUUAAGUGUAUCAGCUCUUAUUUUAUGCACCAAGAGAAACCAGACUUUGGUAGUUAUGAAUGCAAGUUCCGAUUUUAAUA